UAGCAUCAAUAUUGAGUCAGUGUGGUGUGGUGCUGGUUGGUGCCGUGCUGUCGUUUAUAUCACUGGAAAGUCAAGCCUUCCGAAAAUCCGAACUCGGAGUUACUUUCGCGCAAACCAUAUUGUGUGACAUUAUCGGAGAAAAAAGUAUCAAGAUGGACACUUCAAUGACAGGAAGCCAAAUUCGUGAGAAAUACUUGCAGUUCUUUAAAGACAGAGGCCAUAGAUAUGUCCACUCUUCAUCUACCAUACCACUUGAUGACCCAACCUUGCUGUUUACUAAUUCGGGGAUGUGUCAGUAUAAGCCAAUCUUCUUAGGUUCCGUGGAUCCUAAUUCUGAUAUGGCUACUUAUGUCCGAGCUGUUAACACACAAAAGUGUAUCAGAGCAGGAGGAAAACAUAAUGACUUGGAUGAUGUGGGGAAAGAUGUUUAUCAUCAUACUUUUUUUGAAAUGAUGGGCAAUUGGUCAUUUGGUGAUUAUUUUAAAAAAGAAGUGUGUGCCUGGGCCUGGGAACUUUUGACUAAGGAAUACAAAUUGUCCGGGGACAGACUUUAUGUAACUUAUUUUGGAGGAGAUGCAGCAUCUGGACUGGAAGCAGAUUUGGAAUGUAAGAAUAUUUGGUUGCAGCUGGGGAUUCCUGAAUCCCACAUAUUGCCAGGAAGCAUGAAAGAUAACUUUUGGGAAAUGGGAGAGACUGGUCCAUGUGGUCCUUGUUCAGAACUCCACUAUGAUCGUAUUGGGGGACGUGAUGCAGCUCAUCUUGUCAAUAUGGAUGAUCCAGAUGUUUUGGAAAUUUGGAAUCUAGUAUUUAUUCAAUACAAUCGAGAAACAGAUGGGUCACUGAAACCCCUACCAAAAAAACAUAUUGAUUGUGGGCUGGGUCUGGAGCGAUUGGUGUCAGUGAUUCAAAAUAAAAGAGCUAACUAUGACACUGAUCUUUUUAUGCCCUUAUUCAAAGCAAUUGAGGCUGGCACUGGCUCUAGACCUUAUUCUGGUAAAGUUGGGGAUGAAGAUGUAGAUGGCAUUGACAUGGCUUACCGUGUCUUAGCAGAUCAUGCAAGAACUCUUACAAUUGCUUUAUCUGAUGGUGGUUGCCCCGACAACACUGGCAGAGGCUAUGUGUUGCGUAGAAUUUUAAGAAGAGCCGUACGUUAUGCAACUGAAAAGCUCAAUGCUAAACCUGGAUUUUUUGCUACACUGGUACACACAGUUAUAGAAAUUCUUGGAGAUGUUUUUCCUGAGAUAAAAAAAGAUCCUGAAUCUGUCAAACAAAUUAUCAAUGAAGAAGAAGUUCAGUUCCUGAAAACAUUGACCAGAGGAAGAAAUUUGUUGAACAGAACUAUAGAAAAACUGGGUGACUCAAAAACAAUUCCUGGAGAAGUUGCCUGGCGCCUUUAUGACACGUAUGGCUUUCCAAUUGAUCUCACGCAGCUGAUGUGUGAAGAAAAAGGCCUUAACAUUGACAUGGAUGCUUAUGAAAAAGCUAAGAAAGAAUCACUUCUUGCAUCCCAAGGUAAAACUGCUGGACAAGAGGAUUUGAUAGGUUUGGACAUUCAUGCCAUUAGUCACCUCCAAGAAAGUGGGGUGCCAGUAACUGAUGAUUCGCCCAAGUACAAUUAUGUAGCUUCUUCUGGCAAAGAUGCUCAAUACACAUUUGCACCAUGCUCUGCUAAAAUUUUAGCUUUAAGAAUAAAUAAACAAUUUGUAGAAGAAGUUUCAUCUGGACAAGAGUGUGGUAUAAUAUUAGAUAAAACUAAUUUCUAUGCUGAACAAGGAGGUCAAAUAUUUGAUGAAGGAUAUAUGCUAAAAGUUGAUGAUGAUAGUAAUGAAUUUACUGUUAAAAAUGUUCAAGUGAAGGGUGGGUAUGUUUUACACAUUGGUAAAGUUGAGGGAGUACUCAAAGUAGGUGAUUCUCUGUCCCUACACAUUGACACAGAAAGAAGACGCCUAGUAAUGAAUAAUCAUACUGGCACACAUGUACUUAACAAUGUGCUGAGAAAAGUACUUGGAAAUGAUUCUGAUCAAAGAGGUUCUCUUGUGAUGCCUGAUCGUUUAAGAUUCGAUUUUACUAACAAGGGCCCUAUGACUACUGAACAAAUUAAGGACGCUGAAGAUCAGAUUAAAGCAAUUAUAGCAGAUAAUAAAACAGUUUAUGCCAAACAUACCAAGUUAAAUGAUGCGAAAAAAAUCAAGGGCUUAAGAGCUAUGUUUGAUGAGCAUUAUCCUGACCCUGUACGUGUUGUGUCAGUUGGCAUACCAGUUGAAGAAUUGGAAAAAAAUCCAGAUGGACCCAAUGGCUUUGAAACUUCUGUAGAAUUUUGUGGUGGUUCCCAUCUUCACCAAACUGGCCAUAUUGGAGAAUAUGUUAUUGUAAGUGAGGAAGGAAUCGCAAAAGGUAUUCGAAGAAUUGUUGCUUUAACUGGCCCUGAAGCCAUUAAAGCAGUGAGUAAAUUAGGUGCCUUGGAAAAUGAUGUUAACAAUCUUGCUAAUGUAAUAAAAGAAGAAGGCAAUGAGUUUAACCAAAAAGAUAUAUCCAAGCGAAUUGUAGACCUUACAAAUGAUAUAUCGCAAGCUCAAAUAUCUUAUUGGAAGAAGGAUGAACUGAGAAAUACUCUCAAAAACUUGAAGAAGCAACUGGAUGAUAAGGAGAGGGCCGCAAAAGCUAUUAUUAUCACUCAAGUUACCGAGAAAGCUAAAGAGAUGUGUCUUGAUGAAAAGACAACGGACGUGAUCGUUGCGGAGCUCCAGGCUCAAGGAAACACGAAAGCUCUUGAUGGUGCACUGAAGCAAGUGAAGCAACUGCGCCCGACUACGUCGGCAAUGUUCUUUUCGGUCGAUGAAGAUGCCAAUAAGAUAUAUUGCCUUGCUGCUGUACCUAAAACUGCAAACGCAAAAGGUUUGCUUGCGUCAGAAUGGGUCCAAUCAGUAGUUGAAGUUAUUGGAGGUAAAGGCGGCGGCAAAGCCGAAUCUGCCCAAGCUUCUGGAAACAACCCACAAGCCCUUGAAAAUGCAAUGAAAAUUGCCAAGGACUUCGCUACUUCGAAGUUGUUCUAGUUUU